CUCUUUUAUCCUCUCGUGUGCCCGCGCGCGGCCACUGACAGCAGCAUUGCGGGGCAGCGAGCGACUAUCGCGUCAGUUAGCGCCACCGCCGCACGAGCGCCUCGCCCGCAUACGGUGUCUGUGCGCGUUUUUUCUUCCUCUCCGCAGCUCGACUCCUCUCGGAAACAAGUGUAUACGGUUUUAUAUGCGCGCAGGUAUACGGAGAACUUGCUCGCUGCGAGCCGAAAGAAGAGAAGCCCUCGAGAGUGUGUGUUAUGAGUAGCUGCUGGCGCAGGGGACGACGAUGUCGAGGCCGAUGUCGCGGCGAGCCGAGGCGCUCGAGGACAUAGCCGGCUGGUCGACCGCCGACGUCGUCGCUUUGUUGCAGAAGAAUGAAGUUGACGAGGCGUGUUGGAAGGCGGUCCAGAAGCGUCAGAUUGACGGGGACGAGCUACUACACUUGACGGAGGGGAAACUCGCGCUCUGGAAGACAGAUCUCACCAGGCCGCUCAUAUGGAGUCUCUGGUCGUUCGUCGAGGAGCUGAAGAAGUCUCCUGAGAAGUAUGUCGAGGACAGACACUACCGGCCAGCUCCACCUCCGGCACCGCCACCGCCACCACCAGUGCCUUCAGCAGACGAAGCUGCACAUCAACCCGUACUAGCUCCGCCAUCUCCGCGCGAAUUGACGAAGGUGCAGCAGCAGGACGUCGAGGCUCUCAGCGACACCGGCUCCUGGGACACCGACUUCGAGGACAGCGUCGACGACGAGCCGGCCGAGAGUAGCGGCGCCGAAAUGCCGCCUAUAAUCAGGACUACCAAUCCUGCUUUCAGGAAUAGCUUGAGGAUCUUUCAGGAGAACGAUAGGAUCAAGAUGGAGAACGACGCGAGGGGCUCUUCUCAAUCACUCAACCAUAUCGAGCGCGACAUCAAGGCCCCGUCGGAAUCAGAGCCAGCUCCCAUCAUCGAGAACACGUAUGCGAACUGCGGCGCAACCGAAUCGGAAUCCGAAAGCACCUACGCCAAUAUCGGCUUAGCUGCGAAUUCUCCUGCGCCAGUCUCGACGACGAAAAAUACCUCGAAAUUGCACUCCAAUGGCGAACCCCAGGAGAGUCUUGCCGAGAAGCUAAGGAAGCAACUGAUGCUACGAGGAGCAGCCAGUAACAGUAACGGCAAACCCGCUGUCGCGCCGAAGCCCGAGGCGUUAAACAAAUCCUUCCUGCACAAGAGCGCCAGGAUCGUCAAUGGACAUGGGAAUGUUCAAAGAAAAGUCAACCCGCCACCAAAAUACGAACCGACGGACAAGUCCGUUAACUAUCUGAAUCACCAGAACAAUAACAAUAAUAACAGUACCGAAAACUCUUUGAAAAACCUACCGAAGCCUCCGGUCUCAAUACGCGGUUUCGACCUGGUGGCGAAUUUGCCAACGACUCGCGUAGUCGAUGAGAGCGAGGACGACGAAGAGGAGUAUGAAGCGUUUGACGAGCAGAUCGUCGAGCAACACCAGCGCAAUUCGAUCAUACGAGCGGAUAGCGGUCAGUCACUGUCCACUGGUAGUGGUAGCGCAAGACCUAGCUCCGUCGAGAGUGUCUAUCUACCGCCUGUUUCAACCGGUCACGAGGAUGAGGAAGUCUACGAGAUUUAUGAAUCCAUCACGGAAUCGCCUGAUGAGAAUGGGCGUGACUACAAAAGCGAAUCGAAUGCAAAAAAUUCAGCCAAUCCGCCCCCGUUACCCGCUAAGCCACCACCGAAUAUCACGACUGUGCAGAAUAACCUUAAUAAAGCUGUUUCCGUAUCAGAACGUUCUUUGGAUAAAAAGUCUGCUACACUACCUCACGCGGGUAGCACUACGUCAUUGAACAACGCAGCUAGACCUCUACCACCGCCACCAGAUAAGCAGUCCUACUACGAGAGACCCUGGUUCCACAACCUCACCAGGGAUCAGGCGAAUUCUCUGAUCGAAAGACAAUGUACUACUGGAAAUGGAACCGAUGGUUAUUUUCUAAUGAGGCCGUCCACUACCAAUCCAAACAAUCCACUUACACUAGUUUUGUGGUGCCGAGACAGGGUUUACAAUGUUCCUGUUAGGAGAAGACUUGACAACAGGUAUGCGUUAGGUUCUUCCAAGCCCGACGAGCAGUCCUUCGCGAGUAUCGAUGAGAUCAUACCGUUUUAUAAAAGGGAAAAAUUGGUAUUGUACACUGGCGGAGUGCAAACGGGAAGUACGAGCUUAUCAGAUACACCGCCGAAAGAUAAUUAGAUCCUUUUGGAGGUAUACUUAAGUAAUCGUUAAGAGAGUAUAUUUAUUAACUUCGGUACUUGUGAAACACGAGUUUACAUUAUAGCUAAAUCAGCGUCUUUUUUAAAUUCAUGAGUGUUCAAACAAAUGUUGUUAGCACUUGCAGCGAGGAUUUGAUAUAAGUUUCAGUCUCGAAAAAGUUGUAGAUCUAAUAUACGUAUAAGAGGAGAGAAUUUUAAAAAGUGUGAAUGAUGAUCGUGAAUUGUCUUAAAAAUUUUAAUUGAUGGUUGUUUUUACAAAAAUGUUAGAAUUAGAAUAUUUUUUAUUCUCUCAUAUAUUCAAAAACAAGAUUGCUAUUAAUUGAAUGCAUUUUGUCAAGUUUUACUUUUGUAUUAUCUUUAACAUAAAAGUCUUAGAUGAAUUGCAUUUUUAGAUCAUGACGUAAAUGACUAGAUAGAUUAAUAUAUGUAUGCAGAACCGACAUAAAAUGAACUGAAUAUUGCAUACAAAUAGUUAUAUACACACGCACAUACACACAUAUUUUUACACAAAAUAGUAUAUUUCUAUGCCUGGUACUGAAUUUAUACGCUGAAGACGUGCCUUAUCUAUAUAAUAUGCGUGCAAUCAUAUUUAUCGUAAUUAUUAUUUUAUACGAAACGUGCAUUCAUAUAAUAAAUUAUUAUAAUAGUAUUGAUACUAAUAUAGAUAUUUACACGAAACAUUGAUUAAGAGUGAAUAUCAGAGCAAUCAUUGUGAUUUAUAAAAUUAGGAUAUGAAGAGUAUUUAGUUGCCAUAUUUACGAUAAGAUAAAAAUAAUUUCUGUACAAAAAUUAUCUUAAAAUAUGGUAUUCAAAAUCAAAUUUUGGAUUAAAAUAAUAAUUAUCAUCAGAAUCUUAUAGUAUAUAAGGUAAUGAAUCUUGAUAUCUGUGUGGCCAAUUGUGCAUUAAUGUUCGUUGUUUGCACAAAUACAUUUAUUUAUAUACAUGCUCGUAUAAUAUACUGUUUUUUAAACUUUUUAUAUAAAAAUAUAUUUAUUUAUAGAAAUGCAGUAGGGUAAUAAUAUUAGAAUGUAAACUUAUGAAAAAUAAAGCAUAAAUGUAUGAUGACACUGUUGAAAGUUUGUGAUGUGUUAACGAAAUUCAAUGUACUGCAAUGACAAGUAUAUAAGUAAGUAGUUUAUUCGUAAGAUUUUUAAUAAAAACCAUUAAAAACAUUUUUUUAUAUACGUGUUUAAUAUUUUUAUAAAUUUGAUCAAAAUAUUUGAGUUUCUGUAACAAGUAUGUAUAAAAAAUAUAUAUAACUUAAUGACUAA